AUGACAUCUCCAAAAUCAGAGGCCAAAAUCCCUGUCGUGGACUUUUCCACCUGGAACACAAACUCGACCGCCCGUCAGCAAGUCGCGCAGGAAAUUGUCACCGCUUGCAAGAAGGUGGGGUUUGUGUACAUCACCAACCACUCCCUGCCAGAGACAAUGUUAGACGAAGCAUUCCGCUGGUCCGAGCAAUUCUUCAAUCUGGCACAGGACGCAAAGCUGCAGGCGCCUCAUCCCCCCGGUUGGGAUGUACACCGAGGAUACUCGUGGCCUGGGCUGGAGAAGGUGUCACAGGCGAUGAGUGGCAGUGCCGAUGGAGAUGGGACUGAACAGCUGAGAGAGAUCCCGGACAUCAAAGAGAGCUAUGACAUAGGCAGCGACGGAAACAAAACCCAACCUAAUCAAUGGCUCCCAGAAGAGAUUCUCCCGGGACUCAAAGAGUUUAUGCGACGCUUUUACUGGGAAUGUUCCCGCGUGGGAGGCGAGAUUCUGCAAGCACUCGCUAUGGGCCUGGACCUAGACGAGAACCACCUCUUGAACAAACAUUCAGGCCACAAUAACCAGCUCCGCCUACUGCACUACCCACCUGCCCCAGCGGAGGUAUUUGAAUCGAACCGCGCAGCACGAUGUCCCCCACAUACAGACUGGAGCUCGAUCACGAUGUUAUUCCAAGAUGACUGUGGCGGCCUCGAAGUAGAAGAUCUCGCUGCACUGGGAUCCUAUUUACCCGCCACACCAAUCAAGAAUGCGAUCGUAAUGAAUGUGGGGGAUUUGCUGCAGAUGUGGAGUAAUGGUCUGUCGUCAUGCUCACAUGUCGAUGCAUGUGUAAGGUACCGGUUUUUGGCGGAUGCUAACUCGGACGUAGAUAUUCUUCGCUCUACAAACCAUCGGGUUACUUUGCCGCCUCUUGGGAAUAGAUUCGAGGGCGACCAGCGGAUGACUCGGGGUCGCUUUUCUAUUCCUUACUUUAUGGCGCCGGAUCCUGAUGAGAUUAUCGAGUGUAUUCCCUCUUGUGUUCGCGAUGAUAUGCCUGCUAAGUAUGACCCUAUUACUCAAGCUGGAUAUAACCAGAUGAGGGCUUCUAUGCAGUAUUAG